AGAAGAAGAAGGACGGCGUGACGUCACUAUUUACAUCUACAGGGCCUUUCUCUUCCUCAUAGUGUGAGGAAAAAGAGCUACCAAAAAUGACAACAGCCGCGAGACCAACGUUUGAGCCAGCGAGAGGAGGGAGAGGGAAGGGAGAGGGCGAUCUCAGUGCCUUGUCCAAACAGUACUCAAGCCGAGAUCUGCCUGGUCACACAAAGAUCAAAUACAGACAGCCCACCCAGGAUGCCCCCGAGGAGGUGCGUGCCCGUGACUUCCGCAGAGAGCUGGAGGAGAGGGAGCGUGUUGCUGUCCGGGAGAAGACCAGAGAGAGGGGACCUAGAGAACACACCACAUCUUCAUCCUCGUCCUCAAAGAGGCCCAGACUAGAUCAGAUCCCUGCUGCCAACCUUGAUGCAGACGACCCCCUCACUGACGAUGAUGAAGAAGAUGAUGACUCUGAGGACAGUGAUGAUGAUGACACUGCAGCUCUGCUGGCUGAACUGGAGAAGAUCAAGAAGGAGCGGGCUGAGGAGCAGGAACGCAAGGAGCGGGAGCAGAAAGCUGAGGAGGAGAGGAUCCGCAUGGAGAACAUCCUGAGUGGGAAUCCUCUGCUCAACCUGGCAGGACAGCAGCAGCAGCAGCAGCAACAGAUAGUCCCCACCCCGACUGCCUUCAGCGUCAAGAGGAGGUGGGACGAUGAUGUAGUGUUCAAGAACUGUGCAAAGGGAGUGGAUGAGGCACGCAGGGAGAAACGCUUUGUCAACGACACUCUGCGCUCUGAGUUCCACAAGAAAUUCAUGGAGAAAUAUGUGAAGUAGAACUUACAACUCUGCUUUGAAGGUGUUUAAUUUCACUCGGCUGUGCUCUGUUUCCAGUUCAUCACUGACUGAUAGGGAUUCGUCUGAAAACAUUGAAUGAACCUGAAGAAUGGAGGGACCCCCACACACCGACCGAAUCCUCUGUAUAUAAAUGAAUCUAAUGCUUGACAUAAACAGAUUAACUAAUUUUGUUUAGUGUUAACAGCAUUUUCUACCCUUGAAAGAAAUGGUUGCAAUUGCGACAUCGUCAACUUUUUGUUAUUUUGCUUUUAGCCUUUUUUUUAAGCGAUGUUAAUAAAAACAAUAAAUAAAACCUGUCUGUGAGAGGG